GUGUUCAGCCAUUUUGUAAGAAAAUCAAGCAAGUCUACCGCCCUACCUUCGCUUCAGACCUGCAGUUUUUUUCUUGUGCAAUGGACGGCCGCCUAGACACUGACUUGUACCCUCUGGGAUCCGGCUACGUCCCUGAAAUUGACAGUGUCCAUGACAUAUCAGUUGGCACAAAGAGGGGAUCCGACGAACUCUUUUCUUCCUGCAUAUCCAACGGGCCCUAUAUCAUGAACUCAGCCAAUGGCAACGACAGCAAAAAAUUCAAAGGUGACGUCCGCAGUCCUGGUGUUCCGUCACGCGUGGUCCAUGUACGCAAACUGCCUAACGACAUAAACGAAGCUGAGGUUAUAGGCCUGGGACUGCCCUUUGGGAAGGUCACUAAUCUGCUGAUGCUGAAAGGGAAAAACCAGGCAUUCUUGGAACUGAACAGUGAGGAGUGUGCACAGACGAUGGUGAGCUACUACUCCUCUGUCACCCCCGUCAUCAGAAACCACCCCAUUUACAUGCAAUACUCAACCCACAAGGAGCUCAAGACAGACAACUCCCCGAACCAAGUGCGUGCCCAGGCAGCUCUGCAGGCAGUCAAUGCACUGCACGGAGGUGGGAUAGGAAGUAUGGCCAUUUCCACAGAUGCUGGUGGCAUGGGAGGAGCAGCGACUCAAAGCCCUGUACUCAGAGUCAUAGUGGAAAACCUCUUCUACCCUGUCACACUUGAUGUACUCCACCAGAUUUUCUCUAAGUUUGGCACAGUGCUGAAGAUUAUCACUUUCACGAAGAACAACCAGUUCCAGGCUUUGAUCCAAUAUGCCGAUGGCAUGACAGCUCAGCACGCUAAACUGUCUCUGGAUGGACAGAACAUCUAUAACGCCUGCUGCACCCUGAGAAUCAGCUUCUCAAAGCUCACCAGCCUCAAUGUCAAGUACAACAAUGACAAGAGCAGGGACUACACCCGACCAGACCUUCCAACUGCGGAUUCACAGCCAUCCAUUGAUCACCAGACGAUGGCUGCUGCAUUUGCUGCACCGGGCAUAAUCUCAGCCUCUCCUUAUGGUGGAGCACAUGCCUUCCCCCCAACCUUUGCCAUCCAACAGGCAGCCGGUUUGUCAGUACCUGGCAUUCCCAGUGCCCUGGCAUCUCUGGGUGUGGGCCACAGUGGUAUGGCGGCUGCAGCGGCGGCUGCCAGCCGGCUCGGCCUAUCAGGGCUCACUGCCUCUGGUGGACACAACGUCUUGUUGGUCAGCAAUCUGAACCCUGAGAGCGUUACGCCACACUGCCUCUUUAUUCUUUUCGGUGUGUAUGGCGAUGUGAUGAGGGUGAAGAUCCUGUUCAAUAAAAAGGAGAAUGCUCUGAUCCAGAUGUCUGAUGGCACACAGGCUCAGCUAGCAAUGAGCCACCUGAAUGGCCAGCGGCUUCACGGCAGGGCCAUGCGUGUGACAUUGUCGAAACACACCACAGUGCAGCUGCCCAGAGAAGGCCACGAGGACCAGGGCCUCACAAAGGACUACAGCAACUCGCCACUGCACCGUUUCAAGAAACCUGGCUCCAAAAAUUACUCCAACAUCUUCCCACCCUCUGCAACACUCCACCUCUCCAACAUACCGCCUUCUGUGGUGGAGGAUGACCUCAGGAGGCUAUUUGCCAGCUCUGGAGCCACAGUUAAGGCCUUCAAGUUCUUUCAGAAAGACCGCAAGAUGGCCCUGAUCCAGAUGGGCUCAGUCGAGGAGGCAAUUGAGUCCCUCAUCGAGUUCCACAACCACGAUCUGGGAGAGAACCACCACCUUCGAGUGUCCUUCUCCAAGUCCACCAUCUGAGUGCCUUUCCUUCCUCCCUCCAAAUUUAUUGCCAUCUGAGUGCUGCUUUUCUCAAGUAUGCCUUCAGUGGAAAUGGCAACCAUAUCAUAUUUAUGGCUGUGUUUCUAUGCAGAGUGUUGCUCCCUUCACCCCCAUUUUUAGUCAUGCCCCAUUAUUAAUAGGUUUGGGUAUCAGAUUUGAUCAGGUCUGCUUAUUGAUUCUGGUUCUUGUUCCUUAUUCAACACCUUUUCAUAACAAAAAAAGACACAAAUAGGUUGAAACAAAAGCAGAAACCUUUUAUUUUGAAUAUAAAAUUUAGACAAAUAAGAACAUUCCUUCAUACCAAGCACAAAUUGAACCUUUGCUGUUCCAUACUUGUUUGUAUUUGAGCUAGAUCUGCUUGCACUAGCUGAUUCUGGGGCAUUAUAACUUGGGACUUGAGACCUCAAAUACCAUGCCACAGCAAGUUAGACAUACUUCCUCCAGUGCUGGAAAUCGUUUUUGACCAGUGAUUAAAUUUUCCUGUAUUGCUGCUGUCUUGUGAAGCUUGGCUACAUCUGUAAGCGCUAGCUCCUGUUCACAAUAAUCCAAACAUUAUUCCAGUACAUUGAUACAUGUAACAGGUGAUGUAAACAAUGUGGUCCAAACUUAGUUCAGGAUUCACAGUGUAGAAUCAAAAUUAGUUUCUGAUCAAAUACCCAGUUUUUAUAAGAUGGGAACCGGUUCCAGUUCAGGACAGGUCCUUGGUGCCCAAACCUAAUAAUUAGUUGUUUUUUUUUAAGUGGGGUCCUGGGAAAGAGGCAAUAUUCUGCAUUGAAACAUGUAACUAUAUUGGAGGUAAAGUAGGGGAAGCUAAUGAACUAUCACUUUAGACCAAAUUGCUUAAGAAAA